AUGGAUGUCUUGUUGGUAUCCACCAAGAAACAGUCAAUGCCCUCCGCGAAGGAGCUUGACCGCAAGAAAGUCAUCAAAGAUCGUUUGACCGAUGUGGAGGAGUCUCUGGACAACAUUGCGAGAAGCGGACUAGCACAAGGCUGCUCAGGUCUUCUGGUCGGACGCAACAACGUUCGCGAGAUUGCUCGGACACUUGACCUUCAUCGCAUCCCGCAACGUAUCCACAUCCUCAACAUUCACGACAACAGAAGUCGCCGACGUCACAGCGUUAUCAUCUUCGCCCACGAGCUGGAACCACUCACACGGCAACUUCGAGAUUGA